AUGCAAUCAAUUAAAUUGGUGGUAGUAGGUGAUGGUGCUGUUGGUAAAACUUGUUUAUUAAUUUCUUAUACAUCAAAUUCUUUCCCAACAGAAUACGUUCCAACUGUAUUUGAUAACUAUUCAGCAAAUGUUAUGGUAGAUAAUAAAACUGUUUCAUUAGGUCUUUGGGAUACUGCUGGUCAAGAGGAUUAUGAUCGUUUAAGACCACUUUCAUACCCACAAACCGAUGUUUUUCUUAUUUGUUUCGCUAUUAUAAGUCAAACUUCAUAUACAAAUGUAAAAUCUAAAUGGUGGCCUGAAGUCACACAUCAUUGUCCAAACUGCACAAUUAUUUUAGUUGGUACAAAAUGUGAUUUAAGAGAAGACAAAGAAAGUUUAGAAAAACUCAGAGAAAAACAUCAACAACCACUCACCUUCCAACAAGGUGAACAAAUGGCAAAAGAAAUUAAAGCCUUUUGUUAUAUGGAAUGUUCCGCUUUAACUCAAAAAGGUCUCAAACAAGUUUUCGACGAAGCUAUUAAAGCUGUUAUUUUCCCAGAUAGAGAUAAGGCCACAAACAAAAAGAAUUCAAAAUGUUCAAUUUUAUAA